AUGUCUUCAUCAUCAUCAUCAUCAUCAUCAUCAUCAUCAUCAUCAUCAUCAUCAUCAUCAUCAUCAUCAUCAUCAUCAUCAUCAUCAUCAUCAUCAUCAUCAUCAUCAUCAUCAUCAUCAUCAUCAUCAUCAUCAUCAUCAUCAUCAUCAUCAUCAUCAUCAUCAUCAUCAUCAUCAUCAUCAUCAUCAUCAUCAUCAUCAUCAUCAUCAUCAUCAUCAUCAUCAUCAUCAUCAUCAUCAUCAUCAUCAUCAUCAUCAUCAUCAUCAUCAUCAUCAUCAUCAUCAUCAUCUUCAUCGUCAAUUCUGAUGUUGUAA